AAAUCCCUCAAAUUUUCUAACCCUAAGCCAUGGCGCGAAGUGCGGGCGGAAGCUUCAAGGCGUUGCGGUGCCGUCAUGCUUCCCACUGGUUGACUCUUCCGUGACUCUAUUGUUAGUCGUUAAUGGAACCUUUGAUCUGAGACUGAGAGGUUCACAAUCCUGAACAGUAAAUUCCGUUUCCUCGAGUAGUCAGUUGUUAUUGUUAUGGAUACUUACGACUGCACUGAGAUUCGGAUCACAAGUCCAUUUAUCUCGUGAGGGAAUUAGAUCUUUAGACCUUCGUUUCAUUCUCUAAUUUCUUUAAUUUCCUUAAGAUGCGUCUAUUAUGCAUAUUUUGCACUGUAAUUUAUGCUAGUGGGACUUUUUUCCCCAUUUUGCAGUGAAUAACUUUUGUUACAUCAAAUAGCCAUCCAGCUAAUUUUGGCCAUCAGGAUCCAGACAAGCAGACCCUGACUUCCCCGUGAACGGGAGAUGGUGCAACCUGAGCCAAUGGUGAAGCGCAGCACGGCAUGUAGCCAGGGUGUAGUUGGCGCUGUGGACCGGCUUAGCGCGCUGCCGAAUGAGCUCAUCCACACCGUGUUGUCAUUCCUCCCAGCCCCAGAAGUUGUGCGAACAUGUCUUCUGUCACGGCAGUGGAGAAGCCUUUGGCGCUCUGCGCCCCGCAUCAACCUCGAUGAUGAGGACUUUGGGAUCUCCAUGAUGACCAUCCAUGAUGGUACCUUGGAGGAGAAGUGGGCCAAGUUUGAGGAUUUCGCCACCAACCUGCUGCUGUUCCAUGAUAAUACCUCGUCCUUGGGAGAAUUCCGGCUUUCAUCAAGCAUCUAUAACCAGCGUCAUAUGGACCGAUGGAUUCGCCGUGGCAUCGAGUACUGCCCUUCUGUGCUCAAAAUCCAGAUAAAACCUCGCUUCAAGUUCCCACCAAUAAUGGGCUCAAAUUUUUGUCAUCUUAAGACGCUGCAUCUUCGAAGUGUGGAUUUUGGUAACCAUUUCGCGGGCCUGCUCUGUCCUAACUGCCCUGUCAUGGAAGAUUUGGAGCUUACCAGCUGCGAGUUUUCUUGCAAUUCUUCUCAACGCAUUACAUCAUCCUCACUAAAAUUUUUGGCAUUAGUCUCUUGUGUGAACAGCACAGAUUAUCCGUUGGUGAUCACAGUUCCUAGCCUUGUAAACCUACGUCUCAUAUAUGGAAGCUACGAAUCUGGCAUUUCUUUAUGCAAGAUGGAUUCCCUUGUCAAGGCAGAGAUUGAAGUUGCAGAAUACGAAACAACGUUGCCUCAGCAUUCCCAGCGUGAGCUUCUUUGUAACCUCUACAAUGUGACUAGCUUAAAAUUGGUGGGUUUUGAAGUGGAGGGGAUGCUGAAUGAGGAGUCUGAUAAAUUCCCAAUAUUUCAUAAUAUGCGAACCUUGGACCUUGAUAGCUGUUUUCAUGAUGAUUAUGAACUGUACAAAAAAUUAGAGGCUUUGGGGAGCUUUCUUUGUGGUGCGCCUUGUUUGGAGAAGCUUAUUUUAAAGUAUUGCAUGUUCUAUCCGCCUUCUGAUUCAGAGUGGGAGAUAGAAAGGAUAAAUAUCACUCUGCGCUGCCAGGAUGGAAAGACAUUUCAGUGUCCAAAGCUGAAGUUGAUUGAAGUCAUCUACAAUGACGAUAGCAAUCACCAACUAAUUGAACUUUUGUGGAGCCUUGGGAGGAGCCUACCUGACGCCAGCAUCAAACUUAAGAAAAUCUGAAUUGUUGAUCACAAACUAAUUGAACUUUUGUGGAGCCUCGGGAGGAGCCUACCAGACGCCAGCAUCAAACUUAAGAAAAUCGAGUUGUUUUGUGCCUAGCACAUUUCUUUGUGCAAUCUUCCGUGAGGUAUUUGUCUUUGCACAUUUCUUGCAUAUCGAGUGGACGUGUAUGUGCGCUGUGUGGGGCAUGAAUUGGCCACAGGUGUUCCAGUAUGUAUUGAAUGAACUUGCGUGAUGUAGGAUAUGUUUAUUCAGAUAUGAGUAUUGAGUUUUAAAAUAAAUUGCUCAGCA